GGAUGGCAGCAUCAGAUCAAGACGCAGCAGUCCCAAGGCAGCGUCAAUAAUUGAUGCACCGUUGGGACACGGGCUUCGCUUUCUCACACACUUCAGUGAAGUGGAGGGAAAGAGCUCUCUUGACGUCAAGGCAGCCUGGAAAUAUUAAAGUCAGCUCUGACACUUGUGUGACAGACAGAGAGCAAAGACAAGACCCACCGAGGAGCAUUACAGCCCAGCUGCCCGAUCGUUUCCAAUUUUCAUGGACUCUCGAUUGUAGUGGAGUGAGGAUUCAACGCUGGAAGAAUGAAAAGUCAGACGAUAUCUUUGCUGCUGCUCCUCAGUUUUUACAACAUAUGUUCAGCAUCUUCGGAGGACACAGAAAUAAUCCCAUUAGAUGGCGAACUUCUGGAUCACCUGUACACCUUGAAGUCGUUUCAGGCAGACCAAGAUUAUGCUGACUAUGAAGAUUCAAAAUACGAGAAAGAGAAUCAAAUGAAAGGAAGAUACCCAUACAUUUUGAAGAGACAAGCACGUGUUGGAAAAUCUCGAAGGCCUUAUAUACUUAAGCGGAAUUCUGUCUUCUUAAUGAAUUGAUAUCUCAUCAAUUGACAACUUUUCAAGUAAACAUAUGAAUCCUUCUGCCUACAGUCCCACAUAGAUUAGCAUGUGUCAUAUCAAAUGUUCAAUGAAUUUAAUAUCUUAGUGCAAAGAAUAUCAAAACUCUACAGAAACAGGUUUAACUUGAUUCCUAGAUUUUUCAGUAUUUCAAAAGAUAAUUUAUGUUUCCAUAGCAUAGGUUCUCCAAUUCUAUUUUUAGUUGGAGAGUUUUUAGAACUUUACAUGCUGGUCUUCUUAGAGUGUAAGUGAGGAUCCUUGUCCUGGAGUCUUUUGCCAUCAAAGUAAAAGAUGGAGGACACGGAGAGGAUGAAAGAAUGCAUUUCUCAACACAAAUUCACAGUAAGCUAGAUAUUGCAGCAUUUCCAUUAAUGUAAUUUGGUAUCCUAAUAGAGAGUAAACCUUGAGUAACUUGCACAAUCAAUGAUAUGAAAGUCAACUGUGAACAUCUCAAUAUUCUGCAUGAUAUUCAUCUCAGUUUAGGGCCAGAAUGUAAUGUGUUUACCUAAUCUUUUCCAUAUUUUCUAACAUCAGAUUGUACUCAACAACAUUAUCUUAAAUCUAUGUCAAAUACUUUGAAAAUAUUAAAUAAACUUCCAUUAACUUGCA